CUGACUACACCCCUUUUCAGAAUUCAGCCUGGGUUAAGAACUGUUGGGAGUAGGCACCCAUUUAAGGAAUAAAUGAAGAAGUGGCAAUUGAGAAACUUUAAUCAUUGCCUUAGACAAAAAGAGAACAGUGCUUUGAGAGUGUUUCCAGAGUACUACUUCUGAUUUUUCUGACAUUUAUGCUCCACCGUGUUUACUCUCUCCUUGUUCGUUUAAAGAACAGGCUAAAUGUACAGGAAACAGAAAAAUGUGUAUCAACAAACUCGAGCACUUCUGUGCAAAAAUUUCCUUAAGAAAUGGAGGAUGAAAAGAGAGAGCUUAUUGGAAUGGGGGUUUCCAAUACUUCUAGGACUGUAUAUGGGCUUUAUUUCAUAUUCAAAAGAAAAUAGCCAGUUUUCUGAAAUGCCUCCUCAGGACCUGGGAAGGGUAGAUAAAUACAAUAACUCUUUUAUGGAUGUUGUGUAUACACCGAUCUCUAAUAUAACCAACCAGAUAAUGAAUAAAACGGCACUUGCUCCCUUUAUGAAAGGGAAAAAAGUCAUUGGGGCGCCAGAUCAAAAAUCUGUGGACGAGCUACUUCUAAGCCAUUUCCUAAACGCAGUGGGAAUUGUCUUUAGUGACCCUUUAUCUUAUAAGUUAAAAUUUUUUCAGGGACAUGGCAUUCCAUUUGUGAAGGAACAACAUCUCUCAGCUCAUUGCUGGGGUAAAGGAAAUGACUCAACAUGUUCACUGGCCAAAUACUGGUAUACAGGAUUUGUGACUUUACAAACUGCAAUUAAUGCUGCUAUUAUAGAAACCAUGACAGAUCACUCGGUGAUGGAAGAGUUGAUGUCAGUUACUGCUGUAAAUAUGAAGACAUUACCGUUUAUUGCUAAAGAUACCCUCCAAAAUGAGAUGUUUAUUUUCUACUGCUUGCUUUACUUCUCCUCAUUUAUAUAUUUUGCAUCAUUCAAUGUCACAAAAGAGAGAAAAAAGAGUAAGGAUCUGAUGAAAGUGAUGGGUCUACAAGAUUCAGCUUUCUGGUUUUCCUGGAGUUUAAUCUAUGCUGGCUUCAUCUUCAUUAUUUCCAUAUUUAUUGGAAUUAUCAUAACGACUACCCAGAUUAUAGUCAUGACAGGCUUCAUGGUCAUAUUUACACUCUUUUUCUUAUAUGGCUUAUCCUUGAUAGCUUUAGCAUUCCUGAUGAGCGUGUUAUUCAAGAAAAUUGCCCUCACCAAUUUGGUUGUGCUUCUCCUCACUCUCGUUUGGGGGGGUGUGGGACUCUCUGCAUUUUAUAGACAACUUCCCUCAGCUUUGGAGUGGAUUUUGAGUAUUUUUAGUCCUUUUGCCUUCACUGCUGGACUGGCCCAGAUUAUCCACCUGGAUUAUAAUAUGAAUGGUGUAAUUUUUCCUGACCCAUCAGGAGACUCAUAUAUAAUGAUAGCAACUUUUUUCAUAUUGGCAUUUGAUGCUUUUAUGUACUUGGUAUUGGCAUUAUACUUUGACAAACUCUUACCCUAUGGAAAUGAGCGUCGUUAUUCUCCAUUAUUCUUCCUGAACUCAUCAUCUUGUUUCCAACACCAAAGGGCUGAUAAUCGAAUCAUUGAGAAAGAAACAGAUCCUGAGCAUCCCUCUGAUGAUUAUUUUGAACCAAUAGCUCCAGAAUUCCAAGGAAAGGAGGCUAUCAGAAUCAGAAAUGUUAAAAAAGAAUAUAAGGAAAAGUCUAGAAAGGUGGAAGCAUUGAAAGGCUUGCUGUUUGACAUAUAUGAAGGUCAAAUCACAGCAAUUCUGGGUCAUAGCGGAGCUGGCAAAUCUUCUUUGCUAAACAUCCUUAAUGGGUUGUCGGUUCCAACAGAAGGAUCAGUUACCAUCUACAAUAAAAAUCUCUCUGAAAUGCAACACUUGGAGGAAAUCAGAAAGAAAACUGGUGUUUGUCCUCAAUUCAAUGUUCAAUUUGACACACUUACUGUGAAGGAAAACCUCAGGCUGUUUGCUAAAAUUAAAGGGAUUCAGCCACAGGAAGUCGAUCAAGAGGUACAAAGGAUUUUAUUGGAGUUGGACAUACAAAACAUUCAGGAUAACCUUGCUAAACAUUUAAGUGAAGGACAGAAAAGAAAGCUGACCUUUGGAAUUGCCAUUUUAGGAGAUCCUCAGGUUUUGCUAUUAGAUGAGCCAAUGGCUGGAUUGGAUCCCUUUUCAAGGCAGCGAGUGUGGAGCUUCCUCAAGGAGCGCAAAGCAGACCGUGUGAUCCUCUUGAGUACCAAUGUCAUAGAUGAGGCUGACGUCCUGGCUGAUAGAAAAGUGAUCAUGUCCAAUGGGAGAUUGAUGUGUGCAGGCUCUUCUGUCUUUUUGAGGAGAAAAUGGGGUCUUGGAUAUCACUUAAGUUUGUACAGAAAUGAAACAUGUGAUCCAGAAAAAAUAACAUCCCUCAUCAAUCAUCACAUCCCCGAUGCUAAAUUAAAAACAGAAAGCAAAGAAAAGCUGGUGUACACUUUGCCUAUGGAAAGGACAAAUACAUUUCCAGACCUUUUCAGUGAUCUUGAUAAGGAUUCUGGCCAAGGUGUGAUGAGUUAUGAUAUUUCUGUGUCAACUCUGAAUGAAGUCUUCAUGAAAGUGGAAGAAAUAUCACCUAUUGAGCCAGAGAUGAGGAGAGACCCAGAAAACCUACGUGAGAUGGAUCCAGCUUACUCGUCUCUUCCUGAAAUUCAGAAGACUGUGAGUGACUGGGAGCUCUGGAGAAUGCAGCUCUGUGCAAUAGCCCGGCUCUCUUUCUUAAAGCUAAAACAUGGGAAGAACGCACUGUGGACCCUACUGUUGGUAUUUGGGAUUGCACUGUUCCCAAUGACUGUGGAACUGAUUGUUGAAGCUGUGUUAGUCGAAAAGAGUGAUUGGGAAUUUAAACCUGAACUGUAUUUCCUCUCCCCUGGACAACUUCCCCGAGACCCUCUUACCAGCCUAUUGAUCAUCAAUAACACAGGAUCAAAUAUUGAAGAUUUCAUACAGUCCCUGAAGCAUCAAAAUAUACUGUUGGAAAUAGAUGACUUUAAAAAUAGAAAUAGCUCUGAUGAUCUGUCAUACAAUGGAGUCAUCGUAGUGUCUGGUAAACAGAAGGAUUAUAGGUUUUCAGUUGUGUGCAAUACCAAGAGACUGCACUGUUUCCCUAUUCUUAUGAACAUUCUCAGCAACGGUCUGCUUCGAAUGCUUAACCACACACAGCAGAUUCGCAUCGGGAGAAGCCCAUUUCCUUUAAACUACGUGUUGACCUGGACGGGGCUGCCGGACGGCUCUGUUUUCCUGUUUUUCACCAUGUGCAGCAUUUCUCCCUACAUCGCCAUGGGCAGCAUCAGCGAUUAUAGGAGGAGAGCUAAGGCCCAGCUGUGGAUUUCAGGCCUCUACCCUUCGGCCUACUGGUUUGGGCAGGCCCUGGUGGAUGUCAGCCUCUUCGCUUUCCUACUCCUGGCAAUGUUAUUAAUCAUCUACUUAAUAAACAUAGUGGAAGUUUAUAUCACAAGUCGAAUUUUGUUUGCUCUGGUUGUAAUUACGAUUGGUUAUGCAGCUUCUCUCGUCUUUUUGACAUAUGUGAUAUCAUUUAUUUUUCGAAAGAGGAGGAAAAAUAGUGGCCUUUGGUCAUUUUGCUUCUUUAUCACCUCCAGCGGCUUGAUAGACUUCAUUUUAAUAUAUCGGUUCAAGUUAUCUGCCUUGGUUUUUGGCAUGAUUAUUGUUCCCUCAAGCAUCUUGGAUGGAUUUUUAAUUUUUUUGGCAGAGAGAUACUUCGAGCACCAAAGAAAUGAUCAAGACUCAUCUUUUGACCUGAAUGCAGUUGAUUUUCUAGUGUGCCUAAUACCUUACUUUCAGGCUCUGCUGUUCGUUUUUGUUCUAAGAUUCAUGGAGAUAAAGUGUGGGCAGACAGUCGUGCGAAAGGAUCCCGUUCUCAGAAUUUCCCCCCAAAGAAGAAAGGCUGGGCCAAACCCAGAGGAACCUGUCGAAGAAGACGAGGAUGUCCAAGCAGAAAGAGUGAGGACGGCAGCCGCCCUGACCACCUCUGGCCUCGAAGAGAGACCCGUCAUAAUCGCUAGCUGUCUGCACAAAGAAUAUGCAGGCCCGAAGAUGAACUGCUUUUCAAAGAGGAAGAAGAAAGUAGCAAUAAGAAAUAUCUCUUUCUGUGUUAAAAAAGGUGAAAUACUGGGAUUGCUGGGACCCAGUGGCGCCGGUAAAAGUUCAUCCAUUCGAGUGAUAUCUGGGGUCACGAAGCCGACGGCUGGAGAGGUGGAGCUGGCAGGAUGCAGUUCAGUUGGGGACCCUCAGGGAGACAGCACGGUCCGGUUCCUGGGGUACUGUCCCCAGGAGGACGCGCUGUGGCCCAGCCUGACGGUGAGGCAGCACCUGGAGGUGUUCGCGGCGGUGAAGGGGCUGAGGGACGCGGACGCCGUGGUCGCCAUCACACGGCUGGUGGACACCUUCAAACUGCGGGAGCAGCUGGAUGCCCCAGUGCAGAAAUUAACGGCAGGAGCCUCCAGAAAGCUGUGUUUCAUGCUGAGCAUCCUGGGAAAUGCGCCUGUCCUGCUCCUGGAUGAGCCAUCUACAGGCAUGGACCCUGUCGGGCAGCAGCAAAUGUGGCAGAUGAUCCAGACAGCCAUUAAGAACACCGAGAAGGGGGCCCUCCUGAUCACCCAUCACCUGGCUGAGGCCGAGGCCGUUUGUGACCGCGUGGCCAUCAUGGUGUCUGGGAGGCUGAGAUGCGUGGGCUCCAUCCAGCACCUGAAAAGCAGACUUGGCCAGGCUUACGUCCUGGAACUGAAAGUGAGGGAAACGGCUCGCGUGGCUCUGGUCCACGCUGAGAUCCUGAAGCUCUUCCCCCAGGCGAUGCGCCAGGAAAGGUAUUCCUCCUUCUUGACCUAUAAACUGCCCGUGGCGGAUGCUCAUCCUCUCGCUCAGGCCUUUCACAAAUUAGAGGCAGUAAAACACAAUUUUGACCUGGAGGAAUACAGCCUUUCUCAGUGCACAUUGGAAAAGGUAUUGGUGGAGCUUUCUAAGGAGCAGGAGGUGGGCAAUUUUGAUGAAGAGGCUGAUACAACCAUGAGAUGGAGACUCCUCUCUCAUCCCGACGACGCAUAAGCCUGAAGCCCGGUCUUUCCUGUUGAUGUCCUAUGAGUUUAUGUUAUAUGCAAUCAUUCACGGUUUGCAUAAUUUAAAAAAUUGUUAACAUUGAUAUCAGGCACAUUGUGUAUAUUUAGUUAAUAAAUGAAUACAUCGUAAAAUUAUUCUUCCUCCCAACUUUAGAGAUGAUAGAAAAAUCUGUGAUAAAAGCAAUACAAAGUAUUAAUGAAGUUAU